AUGAAUCGCACACCAUUCGAAGCAUGGAGCGGAAUCAAACCAUCAUCUAAAGCAUAUCGGUUGUACAAUCCUCAAAAUGGGAAGAUCAUUACUAGAAGAGAUGUAAUAGUGAACAAAAAUGAGAAGUGGAACUGGGGGAAAGAUGAAAUCUUACAGCAGGUUCCUAUCCAAGUUGAUACAGUUGAAAACCAAGCAAAUCCAUUGUUACAUGUUUUCGCUUUUGUAGCAACUGAACCUGAUACAUAUAUUGAUGCAUCAAGAACGAAAGCGUGGCAACAAGCUAUGAAAGAGGAGAUAGCUUCUAUUAACAGAAAUGGAACAUGGCAACUUGAAGAAUUACCACCAGAUGACAUCAUCUACACCAGCUCCUCGAAAGCAAUGGUUGAAGAAUUCAAAGCUCAGAUGAAGGGAGAGUUUGACAUGAGUGACAUGGGGAUAUUACAAUACUUUCUUGUUUUAGAAGUACAACAAACCAAGAGGAGAAUAUUCAUAAGUCAAACAAAAUACGCAAAAGAACUUCUUUGUAGAAUGGGAAUGCAGAACUGUAGUGUUGUUGAAACACCGAUGAAUGUAAAUGAAAAACUGAGCCUAGAGGAUGGAGAAGAAAUGGUUGAUCCUACAAGAUACAUAAGCUUGGUUGGAGGCUUAAUUUAUCUUACUCAUACAAGAACUGACAUUGUUUUUCCAGUUGGAAUGGUGUCGAGGUUCAUGCAUCAACCAUCAAAAAACCAUUUUGGAGCUGCUAAAAGGAUCUUCAAGUAUGUGGCUGGAACAACGACUUUUAGACUCUGGUAUACAUUGGCUGAAAAAGUUGAGUUAGUUGGAUUCUCAGACAAUGAUUGGGAGCUCAAAAAACAAGAUAUUACUGCACUUUCAAGCAUAGAAGCUGAAUACGUGGAUGCAACUUCAGCAUCAUGUCAGGCUAUAUGGAUCAGCCAAACAAAACAUAUCGAUACACGGUUUCACUUUAUUCGCAAGCUGAUAGCAGAUGGACAGAUCAACAUCAAAUACUGCAACACAAAAGAGCAACCUGCAAACCUUCUUACAAAAGCAUUGUCAGCUGCAAAAUUUGCAUAUUUCAGAGGAAAAUGGGAGUAA